AAGACUCCCUCCUUUCUAUCUUGGCUCGAAGGAACAUGAGCUUCAGCAGCAGCAGCAGCAGCAGCAGCAGCAGCAGGACGCCAGCGUCCCUUCCCCCUCCUUCUCUGUCUCCUCACCCCCGGUUCCUCCACCCUCUUCCUCCUCCACAACCUUCUCACCGCUCUCCACUCCUGCUCUUCCCUCUUCCACCUCAACAGCUCGCCACCUCCUCUCAGCAGCCAAGUCACACUUGAAAAGCGCAGCAUAUGCAAUCAAACCCUCGUCUUCCACUCCUUCCUCUUCCUUUACCUCUGCAGCCUUCCUUUCCUCUUCAGGCGAGUUUGGUAAAGCCAGUGCAGCCAGUGAAGGUUACACUGCUAUCGCCACUGCCGCUGCUUCUGCUCCACAGCUCCAACCUGCGCCCGUCUCGUCCUCAUUAUUGUCCGAUCCGCUAUUGUUUGACAAGCAGCAGGGAAGCAACGAAACUAAGGGCAACGAAAGCGCAAGUUCCCGCGCGGCCGCCAUUGCUGGUAUGAGUGGCGGUGGUGGCAGCAUAGGUGGUGGGGGUGGUGUGGUGGGGCUGGGUGGGGGCUUGGGGGUGGGGCGAAUGAGAGCGAGCAUGGCUGGAGAGCUGUUUGAGGGUCUGAGGCUGUCUAAGGCAUCACGCAUGGCUGCACGGGAGAGGAGGAGAGCUGGAAGGGGCCGGGGAGGAGGAGGACGGGGAGGAGGGGUUGGUGGUAGUGGGGAUGUGGAUGGGGAGGUAGGUUCAGCGGACGAGGGUUCGUCGCAGCAGCAGCCAGUGCGAGGGUUUGAGGCGUUUAAGCAGAGUCUAGGGGUGCGUGGGAGCGAAUGGUUGGAUAGGGGGAGGGAGAAGGAUAAGGAUCGGGAGAGAUGGGCCAUGGCAGCGAUUACGAGGGUGGCUGCAAUGAGGAAGAAAGCAAGGGGGAGCGCGAGGGGGAGCUGGGAUGGGUCGGAGUUUGGGGGUAUGGGGGAUGGGGAAGAUGCAGGGCUGGAUGGUUUGGACGGUUUGGAUGGGUUGGAUGCGGUGGAUGGGCUUGAUCGUGAUGCCUCUGCUGGUGGUGGUGGUGGUUCUGGGGUACCAGGGUCGACGAGGGAAGAUGCUAGCUUUGGGCUGUUCUCUGGGAGAUCUGCUCUGAUGAUGGUGGGAGGGGGAUUGGGAGGAGGAGCGGGAGGAGGGGUGGGGGGAUUCAGGGGUGUUGCUGGGGGGGCGGCGAGUGGAGGUCUGGUUGGGGGACUGAGGAGAAUGGGAAGGAGCAAGAGUGGGAAGGGCAGGGAAGAGGAGGGCACAGGAACAAGCCAGGGAGCGGGUUCGAGGGAGGAACAGGAGGGGGUGGGGGCGGAGGGGGCGGAAGGGGAGGAAGGGGAGGAAGGGGAGGAAGGGGAGGAAGGGGAGGAAGUGUCAGAAGGCUGGGCUGAUGCGAGAAGCUUCACGGUGCCGAUAGUGAGAGCGAAGAGCUGGGAAGUGGGGAAUUCGGAGGUGAUGCGGACGCAGCUGUCGUCUCGCAGUGUUCGAGGCGAGGCAGGGCUGGUAGUGUUGGAUGGGGACGGUGUGGGAUCGACGGCUAGAAAUGAUUCGGAACGAACGGUUUCUUCUGGUACAAUCACAACAGCUGAACACACAGCAUCACCAAGUGUUACAGCCAGCACUGCAGGAAAUGCUGCUUUUGGGGGUGUCAUCUCAGUAGUAGCGACCAGUGGGGAUAGGCGAGGGAAUGGGGGAGCAGCAGAUGCGACGGCGGCAGCUGUAGUGGUUCGGCAGCAAGAAGGCUCCGGGUCUGGUGGCGAGGGUGGGGAGAGUGGGGAGGAGAGAGAGGGCAAGUGGGGGGAUAGGAUGGCUAGGGCGAAGGAGUUUGUGGGAAGGAUAGGGAAUAGGGAGGCGAGGGAGAGGCUUGAGGAUAAGGCUAAGAAGCUGCGUAGUGAUAUUUUCCUCGCGAUCACAGAGAACCCCAUUCCCGUCGCCAUUCCUCUCAUCCCUUUCAUCGCCCACUAUGCUAUCCUCGAGUUCGCCAAAUCGCCUACCCGCCUCCCUUUCCGUCGCGCGUCACGUCGCCAUCUCGUCGCCCGUCCCGUCGCCCUCUUCGUCGCCCUCUCUCCCCUCCUCUCCUCCCGUCGGCCUCUCUCUCGCCCCUCCCUACCGAUCGCCCUCCCGUCGCUCGCCCCGUCGCGCUCUCUCUCUCCGCUCCCUUCCCGUCGCCCUCUCUCUCGCCCCUCCCUUCCCGUCGCGCUCUCUCUCUCCGCGCCCUUCCCGUCGCCCUCUCUCUCGCCCCUCCCUUCCCAUCGCUCUCUCUCUCUCUCUCCGCUCCGCCCUCUCUCUCGCUCCUCCUUCGAAUCGCGCUCUCUCUCCGCUCCCUUCCCGUCGGCCUCUCUCUCCGCUCCCUUCCCGUCGCACUCUCUCUCUCCGCUCCCUUCCCGUCGCGCUCUCUCUCUCCGCUCCCUUCCCCUCGCCCUCUCUCUCGCCCCUCCCUUCCCGUCGCGCUCUCUCUCUCUCUCCGCUCCCUUCCCGUCGCCCUCUCUCUCGCCCCUCCCUUCCCGUCGCGCUCUCUCUCUCCGCUCCCUUCCCAUCGCCCUCUCUUUUGCCCCUCCCUUCCCGUCGCGAUCUCUCUCUCUGCUCCCUUCCCGUCGCCCUCUCUCUCGCCCCUCCUACCCGUCGCGCUCUCUCUCUCCGCGCCCUUCCCGUCGCCCUCUCUCUCGCCCCUCCCUUUCCAUCGCGUUCUCUCUCUCCGCUCCGCCCUCUCUCUUGCCCCUCCCUUCGAAUCGCGCUCUCUCUCCGCUCCCUUCCUGUCGCGCUCUCUCUCUCCGCUCCCUUCCCAUUGCCCUCUCUCUUUCUGCUCCCUUCCCAUCCUCCCUUCUUGCUCGCCUCGAAUAG